ACGCACCCAAGACAUUCAGAGACAUAACCUCAUUUCCCCUCCCACUCUUUUCUGAUCUGCUAUUUCUUCUCUUCUUUCCAUCACCUCCAUCCUUAUCUCCCCAUCACUAUCUCUACACAGCAUCAAUAUGGCCCCCGCAAACACUCUCCCCGCUUGGUCUGACCUCCAAGCCCAUCGCGACAGCGUAGGCAAGUCCUUCGUACUCAAGGAGGCAUUCGCUUCCGACCCCCAGCGAUUCGACCGCUUCACCCGAACCUUCACCUCCGACGGUGUAUCAUCCGAGAUCCUCUUCGACUUCUCCAAGAACUUCCUCACAGAUGAGACCCUCGAUCUCCUCGUCAAGCUCGCCGAGCAGGCUGGCGUUGAGAAGAAGCGCGAUGCCAUGUUUGCUGGCGAGAAGAUCAACUUCACCGAGGGUCGCGCCGUGUACCACACUGCUCUGCGAAAUGUUAGCGGUUGGGAUAUGAAGGUUGAUGGUGUUGAUGUCAUGAACACAAAGGGUGGUGUCAAUGAGGUUCUUGAGCACAUGAAGGAGUUUUCUGAGCAGGUUCGAAGUGGAGAGUGGAAGGGAUAUACCGGCAAGAAGCUCACAACCAUUAUCAACAUUGGUAUUGGUGGUUCUGAUCUCGGCCCUGUCAUGGUCACCGAAGCUCUCAAGCACUACGGCGCCGAAGACAUGACCCUUCACUUCGUCUCCAACAUUGACGGAACCCACAUCGCCGAGGCCCUCAAGAACUCUGACCCCGAGACCACCCUCUUCCUCAUCGCCUCCAAGACCUUCACCACCGCAGAGACCACCACCAACGCCAACACAGCCAAGAAGUGGUUCCUCGAGAAGACCGACAACAAGGGCGACAUCGCCAAGCACUUUGUCGCCCUCUCCACCAACGAGGAAGAGGUUACCAAGUUUGGCAUCGACAGCAAGAACAUGUUUGGCUUUGAGAGCUGGGUCGGUGGUCGAUACUCUGUCUGGAGUGCCAUUGGUCUGAGCAUUGCUCUCUACGUUGGCUUUGACAACUUCCACAAGUUCCUUAGCGGUGCUCAUGCCAUGGAUAAGCACUUCCGCGAGACUCCUCUCAAGGACAACAUUCCUCUUCUUGGUGGUCUCUUGAGUGUCUGGUACUCUGACUUUUUCCAGGCCCAGACUCACCUUGUUGCUCCCUUCGACCAAUACCUUCACCGAUUCCCUGCCUACCUCCAGCAGCUCUCCAUGGAGUCCAACGGAAAGACCAUCACCUCUGAUGGAUCUUCUGCCAAGUACACCACUGGCCCCAUUCUCUUCGGCGAGCCUUGCACCAACGCUCAGCACUCCUUCUUCCAGCUCGUCCACCAAGGCACCAAGCUAAUCCCCACCGACUUCAUCCUCGCCGCCAAGUCCCACAACCCUGUCAGCGACAACCUCCACCAGAAGAUGCUUGCCUCCAACUACUUCGCCCAGGCUGAGGCUCUCAUGGUCGGCAAGACAGACGAUCAGGUCCGUGCCGAGGGUACUCCCGAGGAGCUUGUUCCUCACAAGCGCUUCCUUGGAAACCGACCCACGACCUCCAUCCUUGUCGGCGGCGCCAUUGGUCCCGCCGAGCUGGGUGCCCUGAUCGUGUACUACGAGCACCUCACCUUUACCGAGGGUGCUAUCUGGGACAUCAACAGUUUUGACCAGUGGGGUGUUGAGCUGGGCAAGGUCUUGGCCAAGAAGAUUCUCAAAGAGCUUGAUGAGGCAGGCAAUGGUGAGGGACACGAUGCUUCUACUGGUGGACUGAUUGGAGCGUUCAAGAAGUAUGGUAACUAAAAGAAGGAUUGAGUGUUAAUGUGUAGCGAGUGGAACGAUGUUGAUAAUGAUUAAGGAUAGCAUGAAUAAGUUUGACGGCCUAUGUUCUGGACCUGUCUUGUAAGUUGUGCAUGAGACGUACGAGGUGAAUGAUGUCUCUGUACAUGUCCACACGCAAAAGUACUCGUGAGUAUGAUGAAGAGUGCAAUGUAGUAUUGAUCGCUGUGUAUCGUGAUUAUCUGUAUACAUAUUUCAAAUUUCCUUGUUAUUCUCAGAUGUCGAUUCCAUUGCACCGUCAAACACGGCACAAGAAGACGGCAUAAGUAUACCAUGCACCUGCGCGAC